GUUGGUAAGCGCAACCAGUGAUAUCUGACCAACAAAUUAAGGUUCACCUACCCUCAAAAGAGUGAAAGAACCCAUCAUUAUUUCUUAAUCGUCGCACCAACCCAUUUUCUCCACGCCCUUUUUCUUCCAUCACCAUAAUCUUUGUAACCCCAUUUGUAAUUGUGCUACCUACUCCUUUCAAAUCUUACACAGAAAAACCUAAACACAGUUGUUGUUUUGCAAUUUGGAAUCUAAUUUCUCAUCAAGAAGUGUAAGAACAUCAAAUCUAUCAUGGGUGAUGAAACAAAACUCUUCACUUUGUCCGAAGUUUCUGAACACAACUCUUCUAAAGAUUGCUGGCUUGUUAUUAGCGGAAAGGUUUAUGACGUGACCAAGUUCUUGGAAGACCAUCCUGGUGGUGAUGAGGUGUUGUUGUCGGCCACAGGAAAAGAUGCAACGGAUGAUUUUGAAGAUGUCGGUCACAGCAGCACUGCAAGAGCUAUGAUGGACGAGAUGUACGUUGGUGACAUUGAUACUGCUACUAUUCCUACUAAGGUCAAAUACACACCACCAAAGCAACCGCAAUACAACCAGGACAAGACUCCCGAAUUCAUCAUUAAGGUCCUUCAGUUUCUAGUCCCCCUCUUAAUUUUAGGUGCAGCUGUUGGCAUCCGCUUUUACACCAAGCAAUCAUCCGAUUAAGCCAAACCCGGCAUAAGUAGUGCGAUUUUCAUGGAAUCUCUUCAUAUUGGAAUUCAGAUUGACAUGUGAUUUGUUACUUCAAGGUUCUUUUCAAGUUAUUUCUGUUACUCACCUUCAUUUCUCCCCCUUCCCACUAAAUUUAAGUGUUAUUUUUGAAACUACAGGCAAUUUGUACUUCAAAAUUUGAAUUCUGAACAAACCAUCCUAUAGAAACAGCUUUUUUUUCCUUUGUAUUAUUGGCUCAUUAGUGCUCUUAAGCAGCAUUUUGA